CAGAAUGUCCCACACCGAAAAAAAAAAUGCGAAACCGAGAGAAAAAAACCUGCGAGUGGGCCUGGCGGAUGGGAUUAUUAAAGCUUCGCCGGAGCCGCGGCUCGCCCUCCCACUCCGCCAGCCUCUGGGAGAGGAGCCGCGCCCGGCCGGCCCGGCCCCCAGCCCCAUGGACCUCCGAGCAGGGGACUCGUGGGGGAUGUUAGCUUGCCUAUGCACGGUGCUGUGGCACCUCCCUGCAGUGCCAGCUCUUAAUCGCACAGGAGAUCCAGGGCCUGGCCCCUCCAUCCAGAAAACCUAUGACCUCACCCGCUACCUGGAGCACCAACUCCGCAGCUUGGCUGGGACCUAUCUGAACUACCUGGGGCCCCCUUUCAACGAGCCUGACUUCAACCCUCCUCGGCUGGGGGCAGAGACCCUGCCCAGGGCCACUGUCAACUUGGAAGUGUGGCGAAGCCUCAAUGACAAACUGCGGCUGACCCAGAACUAUGAGGCCUACAGCCACCUCCUGUGUUAUUUACGUGGCCUCAACCGUCAAGCUGCCACGGCUGAACUGCGGCGCAGUCUGGCCCAUUUCUGUACCAGUCUCCAGGGCCUGCUGGGCAGCAUUGCAGGUGUCAUGGCAGCUCUUGGCUACCCACUGCCCCAGCCUCUGCCAGGGACUGAGCCAGCCUGGGCCCCUGGCCCUGCCCACAGUGACUUCCUCCAAAAGAUGGAUGACUUCUGGCUGCUGAAGGAGCUGCAGACCUGGCUGUGGCGUUCAGCCAAGGACUUCAACCGGCUUAAGAAGAAGAUGCAGUCUCCGGCAGCUUCGGUCACCCUGCACUUGGAGGCCCAUGGCUUCUGAUCUCUGACCCUUAGCUCCCCCAGACCCCCUGCCCCAGUCAGCUGUGCUUCCAUUCUGGGGUGAAAAGUUCUGCAUACCAACGUUUGUUGAGCCAGGAAACAGACAGUGGGAACUCUGUCCUCCUCUGCCCUGGGUGGGGAGUGUGAGCCCUGUCCCUUGACUAACUCUAGAGUCCUAGGGUCUCGGGAAAAGGUGGCACCAUCCUGUUUCCACAGAGGUCAUGCUUGAGGGAGUCAUGGCUCAGGCGGGUAUAAAGGUGCUCCCUGUUUUCUGCUCACCACUUGCCAGUGCCCACUCAGUUCCUCAGGUGGCACUUGCAGAAAUGCACCUGGAGGGCAUGGGUGGGGGCCACUGUAGCAUGUGCCUUUCUGGGGUAAAGCCCCUUGGCUUCCCUCCCUCUCCUUGGAUGGGUGUUGCUCCCCUACCCCAGUAACUACAUAUCCAGUUCAGGAAACAAGAUGAUCAGUCUGACGAAGGGUGUGAUAGGGAGUGAGGGGUAGGGUCUGUGCUGGAGGUGGCCUAGAAGCCAGAAGAUGUAACACUAAGAGAGGUGGGCAGGGACGGACCAGACCCAGCAGUCACCAAGGUGAUUGGUGGCACAGGGCGGAAAUGGAAAGCUUUGUUGAGCAUCAGGACCUCGCCUUGAAUUUUCUUGCCGGCAUCUCGGUGCCUCCUCUCUGCCCCCUUUCCCAGGGUAUCUGUGGUUGCCUGGCCUGGGGAGGGCAGCCAUAGCCAUAGCCACAGGGUUUCCUGAAAGUUUACAUUGCAGUAGCAUUGUGGGGUGAGGGGGAUGGCUCCCCAGGCCCUAUCCCCAGCCCCACCCACUCAUGACUCUAAGUUUGUUGUAUUAAUAUUUAUUUAUUUGGAGAUGUUAUUUAUUAGAUGAUAUUUAUUGCAGAAUUUCUAUUCUUGUAUUAACAAAUAAAAUGCUUUCCCCAGAACUUG